AUCCAUCUGGCUCUUUUAUCCUUCGCAGUUGAAUUCAUUUCAAUUUUGAGGACAAAUCCGACGAGGAGGAAAAGGAAAUACAGAUGGGGGAGAACGCCAACAGAGCGGAAGCGGAGCGGUUACUGGGGAUCGCAGAGAAGCUGCUGCAAGGCAAAGACCUCAACGGAUCCAGAGAGUUCGCGAUACUGGCCCAGGAAACGGAGCCCUUGCUCGAGGGUUCCGAUCAGAUCCUCGCCGUCGUCGACGUCCUCCUCGCCUCGGAGCGCCGUGUCAACAACCACCUUGACUGGUACGCCAUCCUCCAGAUUGACCGCCGCUCCCUCUCCUCCGACGACCCCGACCUCGACCUCAUUAAGAAGCAGUACCGGCGCCUCGCCUUGCUCCUCCACCCGGACAAGAACAAGUUCGCCCUAGCCGACUCUGCCUUCCGCCUUGUGGCCGAUGCCUGGGCGGUGUUGUCUGAUACCAGGAAGAAAUUGCACUUCGACGGCCAAUUGAACUUGUAUUCCAAGGUUGAUUUGGUUGCUUUGAAGAAUCAGAGUCAGAGAGGUCUCCACCAUCAUCAAUUUCGUAGGGAUCUGGAUUUUGAUCAACAACAGCAGCAGAAAUUGCCGGUGAGGCGAGGUUGGCGGGAGGCCGGGAAUAGCAGCGGUGACAGGGGCACUGCCAACUCCAACGCCGCAGCAGCCGGCGGCGGCGGCGAGGCGAGAAUGUCCAGUUUCUGGACCGCUUGCCCGUACUGCUAUAACUUGUAUGAAUACCCUAAGGUUUACGAGGAUUGUUGCCUGAGGUGCCAGAACUGCCAGAGGGCAUUUCACGCUGCGAUGAUUCCGUCCUUACCGCCAUUGGUUCCGGGGAAGGAGGCAUACUACUGCUGUUGGGGUUUCUUUCCGUUAGGGUUUACGGUUUCGAAUUCGGCCAGUGAGAAAAAACAAGAAGAGUUGCCCACAGCCAGAGCGGCACCGGUGGCAGCUGCGGCUCCGGCUGAUGGUUUUCAGGAUGUUCGACAAGCAAAUCCGACUCCAGCUUCUAAAAAGAGGGGUAGGCCUAGGAAGAAUGUGGUAGCUUAACUAAGAAUUCUGUACAUGGCUACCAACUAUGCAUCAAGUGCUUGACGCCUGGUGCCUGGAGACAGAAAUUGCUGAAAAUACCCAAAAGGACCCGAAGAACAAUGGGAGGCUGUAUAUAUUAUGAUGCAUCGGGGGCUCAAAGAGAUGAGAAGCAAAUGCCCAUUUUGUUUGAAGGCAGAGAAGAGAAUGAAGCUGCUGAAACUUGAGAGUUCAUGAAUUAUAGGAGUUUCCAGUGGCAAGCUGUAACGCUUAUGUGAGGCUCAAGGCAGUACAAGGGGUCAGUCACCUUCUCCGGAGGUAUCAAGUGCUAGACACUAGGGUAAUGUACCCUCUUAUUCUUUGUUGACAAAUUCUGGGACCUAUUUCCCUUUUCCUGGGUAUUCAGUAAUGUUGUUUGAGAAAAAAUUGCAACAGAGACCCUCGGCUGAAACAGGAGAAGAAGACACAAAUAAGCUGGUGUUGUUCCGCAGUUCUGUAUGUAAUUGUGAUGUUUUCCUUGCAGUUCCGUCCCUUGAAAGCUGUCUCUUUCCUGUAGGCCAUGGAUGUGGCCUGUGGGCAGAUUGGAAACCUUUGCUAUUUUUGAUGGACAAAACUUUGAUUGGAGUACGCUUGCAACAUUGUAGCCAAUUGUGGCAAAGGAGGCCCACUAU